CUGUCUAUGAAGGUUAUCUAUAGAGUAUAUAAUCUUAGAGAGUAGUUGUCAAAUUGUUUUAGAAGGUUGAGGUGUUUCCUGAUUAAAGUAAACUCGAAAUGGCCAAACCAAAGAAGGUUUUAGAGGAAGCACGGGAAUUUCAAAACCCCGAACUUGAUUUAUUUGAUAAAGGGAUAACUUCUUUUGAGGAACUUCCUGGAUUAUUAAGCAUGACGAACAUAACACGGCUGACAUUAAGCCACAACAAAAUUAAAUCUGUACCACCAGGCUUAGCAAAUUUAACAAAUCUAGAAAUAAUAAAUUUUUCCAACAAUUUUAUUGAGGAAUUACCUUUGUCAUUAUCAUCCAUGCCAAAAUUAAGAAUCUUGAAUUUGUCGAUAAAUCGUUUGUAUACUUUACCAAGAGGUUUUGGUGCAUUUCCAGUUUUAGAAGUUUUAGAUUUGACAUACAACAAUUUAAAAGAGGAUGCCUUACCUGGAAAUUUCUUUAUGAUGGAAACACUACGUGCCUUAUAUAUGGGUGAUAAUGAUUUUGAAUACCUUUCACCUGAUAUAAAGAAUCUUAAAAAUUUGCAGAUAUUGGUUCUUCGAGAAAAUGAUCUAAUAGAAUUACCAAGAGAGAUUGGCGAACUUACCAGACUUAGAGAACUCCAUCUUCAAGGAAAUAGACUUACCAUAUUACCUCCUGAAAUAGGUAACCUGGAUAUGUCUUCCAAUAAAUCAGCUUUUAGAUUUGAAGGAAAUGAGUGGGUUGCUCCAAUAGCUGAGCAAUUACAGUUAGGAAUAAGUCAUUUACAAGAUUACUUAAGAAGUGAAACAUACAGAGUAUUAUAUAGCAGAUUUGCAACAAACAAACCAACAAUACCUCCACCAUGUGUUGAUAAAGCCAAAAAAAUAUCUCGAAUACGUUAAUUUGAUACAAGAAUACACCUGUGAAGUGCCAUAGAGUAAAUCAUUCAAUUUGUCAAUUGAUAUUAAAUGUUCACAUUGUUUUGUGCACAAUGCACCGAAAAAUAUUCAAAGUUUUCAUAAAAUUUUUCCAAUAUUUCUAGUUGAACUUCACAUCUCAUAAUCUGUAUGUACCUUAUACUGUUAAUUAUUUACUGUUGAUAAUGUUUUGAUAAACUUAAUCAAUCUAUAUAAAGCAUAUCUAUUCUUCAUGCCUAAACAAAGUGAACAUAAGGUGUACUUAAUGUUUCAUUGAAUAUUAUUGAAGUGCCUGUAACACUGCCUUAACAGUAUAAUGGAGCCUCGUCAACUCAAUAUUCUCAGUUAUACCCACUGAAUAUGAUUUUCCUUCUAUUAACUAAUGAUAAAUGUUUUCUUACUGUAACUACUAAUCUAAUAGACUAAAUCUCAAAAGUACAAAAUUGCGGAUUUAAUAAUGUAUUGAAUUUCUAAUAAUAAGACUCUGACUAGAAGAUAAGUAUUAGUGAUCACUUCUUUUGCUGUUUAUAUUUACUAUCAAACAAAAUUAGUAACAAACGAUAAAUAUAAAAAAAUAUGCACUAAAACUCAUUUACAUUAAAAAUAUAUCUUGAGAUUUGAGUUAGAGUAUUUACAGUAUUAACGUUAACAAAUCAUACUAAAAUAUAUAUUUUUUAAUAUUUUUAUUUUUAAAAGUAAAAUCGUCAUAUAUAUUUGACGCCCAUUAUGUAAGAAUUAUUUUCUUUAUCAAAUUUUUUCAAAGUUUUUAUCUUUUAUUCAAAAUACUUUUUCUCUCAAAUAUGGGUUUUUGCGGACUUUUUCAUUCAUUUCUCUACAUUAAGCCUUCUUUAUACCAUACUUGAUUCUAUUAGAUAUGUUUCAAUGUUAUUGAGUUUAUAUUUCAUUCCUAUAAUGAAUCAAAAAAUAUCAGCCAGCCAUUUACAGCAUCAUGAGACCAAACAAACAUUCCCCUUUCAUAACGAUAAGUCAGAACCUCAGAUAGUAUGGGUUUUGUUGAUUAUACUGGCUUUUUGAAUUCUAGAUGCUAGCUAUUUUUUUCUCUUAUUGACCUUAUUCAAACUGAAAUUGUACCAUUUAAAAUCCCUGUUGACAAUCUGAAUUUAUACAUUACACUGAUUAAAGGGCAAGAAUAUCAAAAAUCUUUUUUUCUCCAACCAUCAAAAAAUUUUGACAUUUUUGUACUAUUUUCUGGUGCAAAAGCCAUCAAUUCCCUUACAGUACAAAAAUUUGCUCGUUGCUUAGCAACACUUUUAAUCCUAGGACUAAAAGUACUACUAAACUACUACAAAAA